CCACUACAAUUACAUGUUUCCUUCGUCUUUAGAGGGUAACCCCAAACCAAACGCGAAAGUCUUUGACGUGAAGUCGAGUCACAAGGAAUCUAAAUUUGCCCUCGAAGAUUCCAUUGAGAGUAGUUUGAAGAUUACCAAUGUGACUGGUGCGAAAUCAAACUCGGUGGUCAAAACCAAAGCACCGACUCAGGCAACGAAUCCUCCCACCGGAACCAGCUCUCCCGAUUCCGCGGGGAACCCGUCAAGCUUCAGUAACAAACGGUCCGGCGUCCAGCUCGUCCCACAUCCAGCAGCCACCGCGAGCAUUGAUUGGCCGCCUGACGUGAACCAAUCAGAUAAAUUCUUGAAAAUGACAAGAUUCUGGUCGUGGCGGCCAAAAGCCGCCGUGAAGUGGCAGAAGGGCGUUAAGAGUUUACCGCCUGGCCAACUGGACAAGUUGGACAAGAAUGUCAAAAACUUGAAAAGAGAAAAGACAGCUCUGAAAGUCCUGCCGAAGAAAUCCGCGCACAGUAGCAAUGGAUCUUCGCUGGACGCUAUAUCCGGAAACAAUGAUAAAAAGUUGCGACCCUUGGGAGUUUCCGGCAACGGCAGGAGUAACCCACUGGUCCAAAUGACCGCUACGGAUGGCCAUGACAACGACAAUCCCAAUUCCAGAUAUCGAAAUUUAAACCUUAGAGGCAGCGGGGUCGGUGCAUUGAGCGAAACUCUCCAAACCUUGUCCAAGAACGACACGGCUGCUCGCCUGGGGGUCGUGAGGGAGAGCUCCAAUCUUCACCGACUCCCCGAACAUUUCUCAAACAGCGAUCACGAUACCGGAAAGAGCAACGCAACCCCGCGGUUGACCAACCCGGCGAGAAAAGCAGUCGGGAACCGGGGUCUCACAACCCAGCAGCCAAGGUUUCGACCCAGGCUCAACCGACUCGGCGA